UUCAUUCAUAAUCAAACUACAGACGCAGACGGUACCGCCGCGGGUAGGUUGUCAGUGUGUUGAAAUUCAGUCGCAAAAAAUGCAGUUCUUGUAAUACAUAACUAAUGCACCAAUCACCAGCAGCAUGUUGUAAUGCUGAACUGAACGUACCAAACGUGGGUGUGAGUGUCGAAAACGAAAAAUAAAACAGUGGUUCGGUUUUUUUUCGCUCUAUCUAUCAAUCGAGGGUGAUUGAACAAAUCGGACAUGGUGUGUUUAUACUAAAGGCUUCAGAUUCAGUGAAAGUUUAAGAUCAAUGGGCCGUUGCUUUCUAUUGUUAAAAAAGAGCGAACCUUUCCGGCAAACGUUGUUAGAAGGCUUCGAUUAAGAGAUUUGAAAGCGAAGAAGACACGUAUAUUGCAAGAAGCUACCCUAAUAAGUGAUGUGAUUGUUCUCAGCCGCCUCACGACUUUAAUAUAUUCAGGCGGUGCUGAAAUUAGGCAAUGUUGAUCGUCCUGCGUAUACUUAUUGAUUGAGCAUUGUUUAUGAAUGGCCUUCGAUGCGAGUAAGCCGAAGUUAUUGUUUGGGGUUGCUGUUAAGUGUUCACUGCAGGCCCACUUAUAGUAGUGCACGUUGAUUUUCUUUCGAUUGCCGCAACAAAGCGAGCUAUUUAUAGUGUUUGUGCGAAUCUAUGUUUUACAAAUGAGUUAGAUUAUUCUUCUGUGCUACAAAAUACUUGAAUAAUCGUUGUGUGCAAUCGUUGCCAGUAACCAUCGUUAGGAAGUCCAAUAGAGAGCUAAUCCAUUCACGGCACGGAACACUGACUCGCAAAGCACACAUGGUGGUGGACUUUUGGCAGUGCAAAAAGGCGAACAUAACACACUUUUGGAACCAUUUGGAUGAAGUUCGCAUCAAACGAUUGAAAGCAUUUUUGAAUCACGAUCGACACAUCAUAGCAAAGCAUUUCUCCGGCAAGCGCAGACUGCAGACGGCUUUACACUGGAAAAACCGGUUCCCACGUCGCAUUGCUCUGACCGACAUAAUUCUUCUCUGCGUACUAUUCCGGCAUGCUGAACAUAAUGAGGGAUAUGAAAUCGUUGAUGCGGAAUGAUUAGUUUGGUCAGCCACAUUGAAUAACUAACUACACAACAAUGAAUGUGUGCAGCAGUCUGGAACUAUUCGCAUUGCCAGUUUUGCUGUUCGGUAGUUGGACUAUUGUUCAUCCAGUUUGUAGCGGAGUACAGCACAGCCUUCCUCAUUGAUCCUGAAAACGAGCUGUAAAGACAACUUGCAACAGAUUGAUAAUCGGCAUAUAUAUUGUGGUGUAUCCUGCUAAAUGGGACGUCAUUUAUGGCGAAUGACUGCCCGUAGAAAGCUUUGCACUGAUCAGUUAAACAACACGAAAAACGAAACGGUUUAGUGAAGAAUGAACCGCGAAAACCCAUUCGGUAAUGGAAAGCAGGUCAACCCUGUACAGAAUGCCUCCUUUCUGUCGAAACGUAGUUUCUGGUGGCUACGAGAAAUGUUCCGCUAUGGACAGCGUAAAGAGAUUACGGAAGAAAAGCUUUACGCGACACUGCCAGAGCACAGCAGUCACGGUUUGGCGGAAACAUUCGAACGCCUAUGGUCAGAAGAGGAGCAACGUGGACCGACCAAGGCUAGCUUUGCUCGUGUUUACUGGCGUGCUUUCGGCAAGGAAACCCUUUUCUGGGGUCUAGUGUUCUCGGCUUUCGAAACGGCCAACCGUGUUGCUCAACCAUUGCUGCUGGGAGAGCUAGUAUCCUACUUUACUCCUAACCAGGACACCAUCAGCGAACGAGACGCAUACCUGUACGCGAUAGGCGUUAUCGCAUGUUCGCUGUUAUCGGUCAUCUCAUUUCAUCCCUUCAUCUUCUUUAUUUUUCAACUCGGAAUGAAGUUUCGUAUAGGCGCUUCGUGCUUAAUUUAUAACAAGGUACUUAAACUCUCUAAAUCCACCACUGCUGGCGACGGACUUAAUGGAAAAAUCAUCAAUUUGCUCUCGAAUGACGUCGGAAAGUUUGACAUCGCAUUAUGUUUCGUGCAUGAUCUGUGGAAAGGCCCCAUGGAAGCUGUUCUGCUUGGCUAUUUCAUUUAUUGUCAAAUUGGGUUCUCGGGCUUGCUAGGAAUGGCCUUCCUGAUGAGUUUUAUCCCGCUUCAAGCCUGGGUGGGUAAGAAAACGGCCACCUAUCGAAUGAAGGCGGCCAAACGGACGGAUGUACGUGUACGAUUCAUGAACGAAAUCAUCCAAGGUAUUCAGGUGAUCAAAAUGUACACGUGGGAGAGCUCAUUCGCCAAAAUGAUCGAAAAUAUCCGGCGGAAAGAGAUACAAGCCAUCCGUGGUGGUGCAUACGUGCGGGCAACGCUCAUAUCGUUCUUUACCGUGUCGCGAGUGUCCAUUUUUAUCAGCCUACUGUCAUACACAGUCACCGAGAACGUUAUCACUGCCAAAAAGGUGUUCAUUGUGACGUCGUUCUACAGCAUACUGAACGAUUCCAUGGUGCAUUUCUGGCCCAUGGCCAUUACCUUCUGCGCGGAGGGAUAUAUCUCGCUCAAGCGUAUACGUGAUUUCCUUUUAACACCUGAAGGAAAAAGUAGCCUCAGUACAAACAUGCCAUCAGAUGUAAAGAAAGGCAAGAAAACAACGUCUACCAGCGAUAAAGAUAAUUCGAGCCAAAUGGAAUCUAGUAAAGGAAUCAAAGAAGAUGCCCUGCAAAACGGCAGUAAAGGCGUGACAAAAAAUGAAGACGUCGAUUUUGAACCCUUGCUGCCAAAACGAUUUGUACGAACGGUGGAUGGAGAAAGAAAAGGGAUCGUACUCGAUAACGCCACAGCACGUUGGAUGUGCCCUUCAGCUGUACCAGUUGGAGCAAUUUCUACAAUGGGAAAAGGAGGUGGAGAUUGCUCAGAAGAGACUACAAAUGUUGGCAUUGAGUCUGUCAGUUUGACUGUCGAUCCGGGAAGAUUGUGUGUGCUGGUAGGUCCAGUUGGCUCGGGCAAAUCUACUCUGCUGCAGGUGCUAUUGGGUGAGCUAGAACUCGAUCAAGGUACGGUGGAAAUGUAUGGAACAGUCAGCUAUGCCGCACAGGAACCUUGGCUAUACGAAGGCAGUGUGAGGAAUAAUAUCAUUUUUACUGAAGAGUACGAUGAGCGGCGUUACUUACGGGUGGUUCGUGUAUGUGCUCUGGAAAAAGAUUUUGAACUUUUUCCACACGGCGAUCAAACGAUUGUUGGAGAACGAGGCAUCAGCUUAAGCGGAGGACAAAAGGCACGUGUCAAUCUUGCCCGUGCCAUCUAUCGAAAAGCCGAUAUUUAUUUAUUGGAUGAUCCACUGUCAGCAGUCGAUACACAUGUGGGCAAGCAUAUUUUCGAGCUUUGUAUUCGCGAUUUCCUCGCUAAUCGAGUAUGCGUUUUGGUUACCCAUCAGUUGCAGUACUUAAAAGACGUACAACAGAUAGUGCUAAUGAACGCGGGCCGAGUAGAAGCAUGUGGCAGCUAUAAAGAAUUGAAAAAAUCAAAUAUCGAAUCGAUCAUGGCACUGACACCUGACGAAUCUCCCCUAGAAAGUCCUAUAGAAAAGGAACUGAAAAACCGUCGCCCACGACGGACUAGUGGAUCUUCGACCGGUUCGCAGCGUGAUAGUGAUCUUAUGAUGGACCUGUUGCAGCAAGACAAACAAGAAGAAGAAAAAGAAUCUCAAGGCGGUAGCGGUAGUGUGGGGCUCUCAGUGUACAAAACCUACUUCAGCGCGGUCAACAGUUGCGGAUGGGUGUUCUGGCUUAGCGCUUUAAUGGUGCUAUCGCAAAUCGUUGUCAGUGGAGUCGACAUAUUUGUUGCAGAAUGGGUGAAUUGGGAGGAGAAAGUGGCUGGCAUUCCUCCGGAAUUUGAUUUGAAUGAUAAUCACACUAUUUUGAGUUCUCGCGAUGUGCGAAUUUUACUGAGAGAGCAGGCUGAUGUGAGCAACUUCAUAGAGCGUCAGCAGUAUAUCUGGAUCUACAGUGGGCUAAUUAUUCUGCUGGUUAUCUUAGUUGUACAAAGAUCGUUUUCGUUCUUUUACGUUUGUCUUCGCAUUUCCAUAAAUCUACAUGAUCGUCUUUUUCGUGGAUUGACCCGUGCAACAAUGUACUUCUUCAAUACAAAUCCUUCCGGGAGAAUUUUGAACCGUUUCUCAAAAGAUAUUGGAGCGAUUGAUUCAGCACUGCCCAUGGCACUGUUAGACUGCGUUGUGUUUUUCUUGGAAAUGAUCGCAGUAGUAGCGGUGGUAUCGAUCGUCAACUAUUGGUUCCUUGUACCUACUGCGGUGGUUGCGGUGGUGAUGUAUUACAUUCGUCAGACUUAUUUAAACACGUCUCGUGUGGUGAAGCGCAUCGAAUCUGUCAACCGAUCGCCGCUUUUCUCACACACCAAUGCGACUUUGCAAGGACUAUCAACGAUUCGGGCGUUUGGUGCACAGUCGAUACUCAAGCACGAGUUUAACGAGUUUCUCGAUGUGAACUCCUCUGCUUGGUACAUGUUUAUCUCUACGAGUCGUGCAUUUGCCCUGUGGCUCGACGUGGUGUGCGUGUUGUACAUUGGUAUCAUAACGAUCAGCUUUCUCGUUGGCAAUAGCAACCAAAUGCUAGGCGGCAGCGUCGGAUUGGCCAUCACAAAGACAAUCAGCUUGGUCGGUAUGUGCCAGUGGGGGAUGCGGCAAUCGGCAGAACUGGAGAAUCAGAUGGUUUCCGUAGAGCGUGUGAAUGAAUACACAAACCUACCGUCUGAACCACCGCUCGAGACUGCGCCGAAACAUCGACCGCAACGAAACUGGCCUGAGCAUGGUACAAUACGGUUCAACAACGUUGAUCUGCGGUACUCGGACGAUGGAGAGCGUGUACUAAAGGACCUUAAUUUUACCAUUCGUUCGAACGAGAAGGUUGGCAUCGUGGGACGUACUGGGGCUGGCAAAUCGUCCUUGAUUCAGGCACUUUUCAGACUCGCACCCUUCGAGGGAAAUAUUGAAAUUGACGACAUAGAUACAAAGACCUUGGGUUUGCGCGAUUUACGAAGCAAAAUCUCAAUUAUACCUCAGGAUCCCAUUUUAUUUUCCGGCACGUUGCGUAGCAAUUUGGAUCCAUUUGAUCAGCGCAAGGACGAUGAAUUGUGGAGUGCUCUUGAUCAGGUUGAGUUGAAAGAGGCCGUAUCUUCGCUAGCCGGAGGUUUAGAGUGUCGCAUGUCCGAUGGAGGGAGCAAUUUCAGUAUGGGCCAAAGGCAACUUGUUUGUCUCGCUAGAGCCAUUUUGAGAAACAAUAAAAUCCUUGUUCUCGACGAAGCCACUGCCAAUGUAGAUCCGGAAACGGAUAAACUGAUUCAAACUACGAUUCGUACAAAAUUUGCCCACUGCACAGUAUUAACAAUUGCGCAUCGAUUAAACACGGUUAUGGACAGUGAUAGAGUGUUGGUGAUGGACGCUGGACGCGUAGUCGAGUUUGGGCAUCCGCAUGAGCUUCUGCACGGUCCGAUUGGCUAUCUACGGCGACUAGUGGACCAAACUGGUGUUGCUACGGCAGCAAUGUUGAUGCGUACUGCUGAGGAUAAUUUUAAAAAAUCUAGUGCACGGCAGACGGAAGCAAUUACACUGGGAUUGUCAUGAGACAAGGUCUAAAAGAAAAUAUACACACUUGCUGCAUAAAUGCUUGAGAUUAUUUUAUGUACAGUAUUUAUGUACAACAUAAACUACGAGCAAUAUUUUGUGUCAAUUUUCACUGAAAGUAAGAUUGAAAUCAAUAAAGAAAUAUAAAAAUAAUACACGAA